GGACACGUUUUUGUCGCAAGGUGCAGAAUAUGUGGAUUUCUUCUAAUUAAUGACACAAUAUAACAUUAAGUCAGAAUAAACGUUUUGCAAGCUAGUGUACAUUUGAAUUUCGACAGCGAAACAGUCUGUGUUGCAAAUUGUCGAAAGUGACACUGUGUGAAAUCUACACCAAACAGCAAUGGCACUGCCUGUAAAAGGUCAUCUAUUGAUCGAUUUCCUGUUGGUUCUUUCAACAAUUACCGACGUUGGAGCAUUCCUGUAUGAUGCGGAUUGGUGCAGCAAAUUUCCCGAAUAUAAAGACAUUAUCAACCUGGCGCAUGUGGAAAACUGUCUCAGCAUCGACCAAGUAUUUGCGAAGUUAAAGCUCCUUGGAGAUAAAAGUCACUGGUGCCUAUUCCAUGGAAUAGAUCAGUUAGGUGACAGGUACGGUGUUUCCAUUUAUACUCCCGAAGAUUGUCAGUGUAACGGAACCAACUCCCUUCUUAACUACAUAAGCGGUGUACGCGAUGGCAGCAAUGACAUGAAGGACCGAUGUUUGUCUCAACCCCACUACAAAGCACUUUUUGACCAGUUUUUCGUUGACAACAACAACAGAGCUCCCGCAUGUCGAUCUCAUCAUUCGGUGUGGUUCGACCUUUCGCAUAUAGACAACGACUGUACUCAUGAUUUGAUAUACCACGUGACAUAUUCGUUUGAUCAUCACCCGAGUCGGUGUGUCUGCAAACAGAGUGUUCAGUAUAGGGACCCAAACAACUGCCUGCAGUUCCACAGCUAUCAAGAAUUGAUGAAACUGUACGAUACCAACUUAUGCUCGAGCAAGAAUUCUCAAUGGAACCUUUUAAAUGAUCUAGAAAUAAGAAGCCCGGAUUGUCGCAAGAAAAUAAUUACCGAACUUGCCCAACAUUUCCACAAUUAUCCCUCCGUUGGUGCAUGCCAAUGUUCUCCUGUAAAGAAUAUAUCCAACGAUGAACCUGUCUUAAAUGACGACAAAAGGGAUCAAUGUUCCAAUGUGCAACAUAGCAGCUAUAGCCACCUGCGCCAAGAACUAUUUCAAGGGGCGAGUGGUGCUGGCUGCGCUACACAUUUCCACCUAUGGCAACAGUUGCAGAACAUUCAGCAAUCCCAUGGUUACGACUGUACAAUGGACAUGAUACAUAGAUCAGCGAAUAAAUAUCCCAGUGCAGAGUCUGACCCUUGUAAAUGUGAAGAUCAACAGAGGAUUUCAACAACUACAACUACGACGACUGCUUCGCCAGUAUCUUCAACCAGAUCUUUACCAACAACCACCAGGGCAACAACUGCUGCCUCGUUUUCAACGCACAAGUUUCUGUGCCAGAAGAUCGGCCUUAUUCUAGAUAUAACCGCGAACAUUCACGUGCAUGCAACUGGAUCAACACCCUGCGAAAGCAAAAUGUCUGGUACAAAUGAGAACUUGGUCCUAACACUGUGCAACGUGACGUCAUUGGACACUUGGUCUCGUGGUCUACAUGUGAUAAGUAACUGUGACAGUAUCCCCAGCUACUCCCCAAUCGCCACGUUCAGCCCCACAGGAAGGUACAUGCCGCAAGAGGCCCAGUCCGGGGUGUUCCUCGGCUGUAUUUCAGAAGGAUUCAAGAUGGCAAUCCAGCCAUGCGAUGGGGCACCCCAGAUUAUCCAUGUUGAGACGACCGGAGUGUUCAACAACAAUGCCUCCAUCUACUACACGGUGGUGUAGUGCCUGUCGUAUGUUGUAUCAAUUCCAUAAACGAUUCUUAUGUACCACUGUGACGGGAAUCGAUGCAAAUAAACUAAACUUAGGGCUUAUCA